AUGAGAACGUUCGUUCUAUCGCUUUUCACGCUUGCCACAGCGAUAUCCGAUGCUGAAAAGUCACUCGGUAAAUUUUUGGUGAAUCGAACUGAUCCAGUCGAACCUUGCUUCAGAGCCGAGUUCGUCAUAAAGUUUCGGAAUGGGGGAGAUACAGUCGACUUCACGGAUAUCAAGCCAAUUCUCGGGCUCAACAAUGAUAAUGUCAACAACAUAACCUCCAACUGUGAUCGAUUACAAAUAGAUAAUAUCCCCAAUGAAAGCGGUGGAAGCUUCUCUUUGGCAAUCGACAUCAAUAUCAGAGAAGAAGCUGAAGGAGCUGACUGGUGGGAGGUCAAUGAAAUCAAUUACACUGGAUACGAUACCGAGGGAAAUGAUCUUGGAACAUUCAAAAAUGAUUCUAUGCAGCGAAUUUCCGCACCUCUUGCUGGUACUUGGGGACAGUCGUUCCUGUGCAACGCUGGCUUCGAUGUUGAACUCUGGAAUGAAGAUCAGGACAAGUUUGUGACAAUCAAUCUAGCUCGUCUUCAAAUUCAGCCGCACAAAGUCCCGGAAGAUACAUUUGCCAACCCCGUGAUCUGCGAAGAAGGCAAGAACAUCAAUAUCGUCAUCCCCGCCAUCGUCGGGUCAAUUCUUGGCGUUCUUGUUCUCGUCGUUUUGGUGACUUACAUCAUUGGGCGCAAGAGAACGCGCAUCGCGUACCAAGAAAUCUAG